GAAUUAGCUCUACUUUCUAUGAGAGGAUAGUUUUUGUGGGAUUAAUUGUGACUUCACUGACUGACUAUCAUUUCAUUUGUAAAAGCAAAAAAAAGGUGAAGAAGAAGAAAGAUGAGAAAACGCCGGCAAACAGUUGAGAUGCCUCCUCAGUUCUUCAAGAUUAUCUUAUCUCCUCAUGCCUCUAAAUUACAUAUCCCUGAUGAAUUUGUAAUCAAGUAUGGAGCCGAUCUGCGUGAUGUUGUGUUCCUUGAGGUCCCCACCGGAGCAAUCUGGCAAGUUAAAUUAUUGCAAAAUUCAAAUGGCACCAAAUGGCUCAACCACGGAUGGAACCAUUUUAAGGAAUACUAUUCAAUUGCUAUCGGUUACUUUUUACUCUUUCAAUAUAAUGGAAACUCUCAUUUCUCUGUUUUCAUAUUUGAUUUAAGUGCUUCUGAGAUUGAAUAUCUUUCUGGACCAAAUGAAGAUAAUAAUAAUAAUAAUAAUGCAAAAGUAGCACAUCCAGUAUCCCGCCCUAAUUGUCUAGCAGAAAGGCAGGAGGUGAAGCUUGAGAAACCAGAUGUGGAGGAGGAUUUGACCUAUGCAACACAAAAACAUAAAAAGAAGGAGAAGAAUUUGUACAAUGGGCACUGCAAUGAAGCACCAGUAGUGGAUCCCUCAACAUCGAAGAUGACAACCACUAAUCAGCAUAGUAAAAAGAGAACUGCUACCAGUUUAGAUGCAUCAAAUUGUCGAUAUCCACUACGAAGUAAGCAACUGAAAGAUGUAAAGAUUGAAAAAGGAGAUGUGGAAGGGCGCUGCAAUGAAGCACCGGUAGUGGAUCCGUCAACAUCUAAGGUUACAACCACUAAUCAGCAUAGUAAAAAAAGAACUGCUGCCAGUUUGGAUGCAUCAAAUUGUCGGUAUCCACUACGAAGUAAGCAACUGAAAGAGGUGAAGAUUGAAAAAGGAGAUGUGAAAGAGCACUGCAACAAAAUACCAGUGGUGGAUCCCUCAGCAACUAAGAUGACAACCACUCCCCGACAUCAUGAAAAGAAAACUAGUGCCUGUUUGGAUACGUCACAUUGUAAGUAUCCACUGCGAAACAAGCAACUGAAAGAGGUGAAGCUUGAAAAAACAAACGCAGAAGAGGAUUUGCUUUAUGUAGCACAAAAAGCAAUGAGGAAGAAGGCUAAUAAUGUGAAGCUUGAGAAAGGAGAUGUGGAAGAGCGCAGCAAAGCAGGGGAUCCCUCAGCAUCUACUACCACUAAUCAACAUAAUGAAAAGAAAACUACUACCCCUUUGGAUGCAUCACAUUGCAGGUAUCCACUACGAAGUAAGCAACACAUAGAGGUGAAGCUUGAACUAUGGGAAACAGGAGGGAAUAUGCAUAACAAAACACCGAAAAAUAAAGUAGUAGCAGAUUCUCCAUAUUGUAUUAGACAAAACCUUGGCCUUCCAGCAUCCUCGUCAAGUUAUCAGCCAGUCAGGGUGAAGCUUGAAAAACCAGACAAUUUGUUUUGUGCAGCAGAAAAAGUAAAAGGGAGGGAGACCAACAAUGUGAAGCUUGACACAGGAGACUUGGAAGGGAAUUUGAUUGCUGCAUCUUAUAAAGGAAAAGAUUCCACAGCCUCUGAGAUGACAGUACUUGGCAAGAAAAAAAUGUUUCCCUCGGAGAAGCACAAUCGGGAUAUGUACUUCAAUCCACACUUCACUGUUUCUAUGCAGCCUACUUGUGUCUCUAGAAACUUCCAAUUGGAUAUACCUGUUGAAUUUUUCAAGAAAUGUCUCAAUGAAGAGGAAACCAUUGUAAAUCUACGAGUUUCUAAUGGGAGAAGUUGGCGUGCAAAGUUGUUAGACAUUCAAUCAAAUUGUCCAAAGAUGGAAUCAUCAGGUUGGAGGGACUUUGUGCUCGACAACAAUUUAAAAGAGCAUGAUACUUGUGUCUUUGAGCUGAUUGACGGCAUUGAGCCAAUGCUAGAUGUGACAAUUUUCCGAGCCACAACUCCCGUUUCCUGAAAGAUAGUCAAGUCACCCAUUUUGCAAGCACUUAAGCUUUAUAUCCAUGUUGAAGGUGUUGAGGAUGUUAUAAUAUUGUGUAUUUUGGUGCCCUCUCCUUUUAUUUGCUACUAUUUCCUAAACGUCACUGUUAAAAACUUUCCUUUUCACCUCAAGCAUGUUUACUUGUUUUUUUUUGGUUCAUGCUGCUUUUUAAAUUUCCAUUGACUGCUGAAAGAUUUCAGAAUGUAUAAUUUAGAGAGCAAGUUUCAAAUUUUAGUAGA